GAGGUGGGGGUGCAAUUGCAAUACAUUCACUACUUUCGCCCCAUUCUCUCUGACAACGACAAAAUGUUAUCCCUCCUGGAGCUCGUGACACAGAACCAACCCCAAUUCCAGACCCACAAGGCCCUCCUCAUCAUUGGACUCCAAAACGACUUUGUGCAGCCCGAAGGGAAGCUUCCUGUCAACCUCCGCACAGGAUUCAUCGAUCGCAUUCAAUCCAUAAUACCCGCCUUUCGCGAUCCCAUGCCCAACGUCAUAUGGGUCAAAACCAUCUAUGAAGCCGAUCGACUUGCCCACGACUCUGCUGGCGGAGAGGGCGAUGCCUUGGUCGGAGGUUUGAUAGAUGGAGCUGAGAGCAGCACGGAUGAUGAGGACGAUCUGCCGAAGGAUCUUCCCUUGCCCAUCCAGUCAAGAUCCGCAAAGCACAGAAACCGGGCACUCGACCUUCUAAAACGAGUGAGAAGACGUACGGCGCAGCGCGAGGAACUCCAACAUGUCGCCGAGGCCACAGAAGCCGGCGCCCACCCCGACCAAGAUGAAGAAUUAUUUCUUCGCCAGUCCGCCCCGUCUGGCCCGAUAUGUUCUCUCGACACUACUGGCGCCGAUUGGGCCGACCAAAUAAAGUCUGAAAUCCAAAAGUCGGACGCCGUUGUGACCACAAGCCAUUACUCGGCUUUCCAAGAAACGUCGCUGCUUUUGAUCCUGCGGGCCCGUCUCGUUACGGAGCUCUACAUAUGCGGCUGCAUUUCAAAUGUGUCGGUCUUGGCUACAGUGGUCGAUGCAGCCCGUCACGGGAUCACGAUUAAUGUGGUAGAAGAUUGCCUUGGUUACCGAAAACGGUCUCGGCACCGCCUUGCCUUGAAACGCAUGGAAGAGUUUUUCGAUGCCAACAUUAUCACAAGUGCCGAGGUACUAAAUCCCAGAGAGGAGGACGACGACGACGAAAACGAAGAGCAAGCGGAAGCGGCUGAAGGGGAUGAUGAUUUAUCCGGGGAUUUUGUCUCGCAGGAAGAGCAAAAGUUGCAGAGUCUAGUAGACAAGUUGCGGUUAUCCGACCCCAACGCUCCCCCCACCCUACCCCUCAGUGGCCGUCAGCGGAAGCCAUCCACUUCGGCUACCGAGAGCAGCGACAUUACCAACAGCCGGUCGCAACUCGAUGUCGUCGACGACGAUAACGGCGAGGACGAACGAUUCGCCGAAAAACUUGUGCGUGGUGCAAAAGUACCUGGCGCCGAAGGAAGCAAACCUGCUGCAGCAAGAAACAGCCUGGUAAAGUCCAAAAUACGCAUGCGCUCGCGCACCGACAAGCCCAAAAAGGAAGGCGAGAAGAAAUCCAAAACAACCUCCAGCAAGAAGACUGCAGACAUCAAGAGUGACCACAGCCCGCGCCAUUCCACAGCCGCCGAAAAAGCGCCCGAGACACCGGUCAAGUCGCCGAAAGGAUCGUCGUCCGCGGACAGGCUACUUCCCGCCUCCAUCACAAAAGCGGGAAGUAGCGACAAGCUGCGCGAAACGCCCACCAAAGGGGAUCGUUCACUCAAGUCUUCGGCUUCUCAGCCCGUACUGUCCGCUUUGCGGAGCGAAAACAAAGACAAGUCGUCCACCUCCCGUGUGCGGCUGGCCUUGUCCCGAUCAUCAAGAUCCGAAAUCAAAGAACAGGCAGCAGCGCAGCCAACUUCGUCACCCCCAAAGACCGCCGCAGUGCCGUCGAGCACCGUUUCCACAGAAAAGAUGAAACCUAUACGAAACUCGAAAGUUCAGUCACUUGCAACACUUCCAACUCUAGGACCAGGGGACACCAUCGCAGAGGGCGACUCGCGCAUUAUCCACGACUUCUUUCCUCACGACUUCUACCACCCUUCCAAUCGCUCAAAACCUUUGAAAGACCUGGUCUUCACCCAGCUCUAUAAUGAAGUACGAUGGCAGAAAAUGAUACAUCAGACCGGCGAGGUGCCGCGGCUGGUCUGUUGCCAGGGUGAAUUUGGCGCGGACGGAUCGAUGCCUGUAUAUCGGCACCCUGCGGAUCAAACUCUGCCACUCUUACAUUUCUCACCAAAAGUGCAUACGAUACGAAAGCGCGCCGAGAAGCUCGUUGGUCAUCCUUUAAAUCACGUCCUUAUCCAGCUAUAUCGCUCCGGCGAGGACUUCAUUUCUGAGCAUUCAGACAAGACUCUUGAUAUUGUCAAGGGAUCGUCCAUUGUUAAUGUCAGCUUCGGAGCCCAACGCACCAUGCGCCUGCGCACGAAGAAGGCCGCGAAAGCCGGUAACGAGAGCGAAGAGACAUCCAGUACUACCGCCACUAACGAGCGCGAAACACAGCGUGUUGCUUUGCCCCACAACUCCAUGUUCGUUCUCGGCUUGAAGUCUAAUGAGAAAUGGGUUCAUGGCAUCAUGGCGGAUAAGCGCGCCAUCUCAGAGCGUAGUGUAGAGGAAACAUCGCACUCUGGAAUGCGGAUAUCCCUCACUUUCCGCAAUAUUGGCACCUAUCUAGAUUCACAGAGCAGCACAAUAUGGGGCCAGGGGGCAACCUCCAAAGACCAACGUGAAGCACGUGAUGUAGUCAAUGACGACGAAGAAGAAACAGAACAGCUGAUUAUGGCUUUUGGGCGAGAAAAUCAGGAUGCUGACUUUGACUGGGAAAAGUGGUACGGCGACGGCUCCGACGUGUUGCACCUGCAUUUGCCUCCACCCAAAGACCUCCCGAUUCUCUUCACAAACCAGCACACCGUCGAAGGAGCCAUUGUGCGCAUCUUCCUCGCCGAAGCCAAAGUCCCCUAUACGCUUUGCGAACUGCCAGAUCUCCCGCUCGACUUUGAAGUCGACCGCCAAGUCCAAUUCCGCGACAACGACAUAAACCACACCGAAGUCUCCAUCCACGCUCCCAUCCUCGUAUAUCUCGACCGCUACUACUCGCUUGACACGGACCCGCGCGGUAAGCCAUGCUCAGCUGAAGGCUCCGACCUCGUUAUCCUCAUCACCACUCUCCUCAAGUACUGGGCCCACCGCGCUGUCCCCACGUACGGUGCCGACUUUGCGGCUCUCCUUGACACCCUCGAGGACCGCAUGGGGUUUGGCCCCGGACCGUACGCCGCCGGUCGCCGUUUCAGUAUGGGCGAUUGCGUCGCGUGGGCUACGCUCGAUGAGAUUUUAUCUACCGGAUGGGACGGCUGGACUGAGGAGCGCUUCCCCGUUCUCACAGAGUACUAUCGCUUUCUGUGGAAGAAGCGGAGAUACUUGCGCGAGCUCAGGCCCGAGUUACCUGACAUCCCUACGCAGAGCUACGAUGUUGACCCGCCGAUCGAUCCUCAAGGGGUUCCUAAGGGAGAUGUCAAGGGGAAAGGUCGGGCGGUCUACGUGGAGGCUAUCGAAGCGGAUGAUUAAUUAUGAAUAGGGAGAUGUUGAUCAUUUCGCUGAUAGAUACUUUUUGACGUUUUGUCAUCUUUUUUACAUGCUCUUCUUUCUCUUUCUUCAUCUCUUUAUUCCUACAUAUCUCGAUAUACCUC